GCUGCAGUCGAAGAGUCAUUGGCUCCGGAGCUUCAGAUCUACAACACGCUCACACGGUCGAAGGAAAAGUUCACUACCCUAGAGCCCGGCGUGGUCAAGAUGUACGUGUGUGGCGUGACCGUCUAUGACCUUUGCCACAUAGGUCAUGCACGAGUGAUGGUCUUCUUCGACACCGCUGUCCGCUUCAUGAGGCACAUGGGCUACAAAGUGACCUUCGUCCGCAAUGUCACGGACAUC